ACUAUCUCUAUCUCUGCAGUAUCUCUAUCAACGCUUGAUAGGGUUUUUGUAGGGUGUAAUGCGAUUCGAGACUCGAUUUUUCCCAGUAGGAAUUUCCUCAUUAAUAGCAGAAAAGUCUGUUUAAUGCGAGUCUCGGUCGUUUCUCUCUGCGAAUUUCUUUGUUCUCGUUUCGUCCCCAGGCAUGAACCGGUGAAAUGCUGCGACAUCAGGGAGUUGACGGAUUUCAUCGCGGAUAAGCGACGUCUGCUCGUGCUCACCGGUGCCGGGAUCUCGACGGAAAGCGGCCUGCCCGACUACAGGUCCGAGGAUGUCGGCUUGUACAAGAGGAACGGCAAAUCGCCUCCCUACGUUCCGAUCAGCUACCAGCAAUUCAUCAAUAACCACCGAUUGAGGACCAGGUUCUGGCUCAGGAACUAUCUCGGAUGGGAGAAAAUGUUCGCGCUUCAGCCCAACUCGACUCAUCUCACACUGAAGAAGAUGGAAACUUUGAACAAGGUCUUCUUCAUCGUGACGCAGAACGUGGAUUCACUUCAUGAAAAGGCCAAGAGCUUGAACGUCGUCGAACUUCACGGCAGUGCUUAUCGCGUCAAAUGCUUAAGUUGCAGUUAUUCGAUUAAAAGGGAAUUUUUCCAAGAAGCGCUUGUCACCUCCAACCCGUACGUCGACUCGGCCUCCGCCACCAUAGCCCCGGACGGAUACGUCGAAUUGCAAGAGAACGAUGAUAUUCAUUUUGCUGUUCCUGAUUGUCCAGAUUGUGGAGAUCUUUUGAAACCGGACAUAGUCUUUUUUGGGGAAAACAUACCAAAAGAGCGGCUCUCUGAAGUCAGUAAAUUGAUUCAUAAAUGUGACUCAUUACUUGUUCUUGGUUCAACGUUGACUGUAAACUCAAGUUAUAGAAUAGUACAUGCAUGCCAUGAAAUGAAGAAACCGAUCGCAAUAGUCAAUAUUGGUCCUACGAGAGGAGAUAAUUUUGCAUUAAUAAAAAUUGACACAAGAUGUGGUGCCAUUUUGCCUUUAGUCUUUCAAGAACUGUGGCAUUUAGAAAGUGGUUUAUUUUAAUUGUUAAAAAUUUAUUUAUUAUUAUUUUUUAAAGUGAUAUUUCAUGGCAAUUAGCAACAUUUGUUAUAAACAAAAUUGAAUAAAUUUGUGUUAUUCAGUCAGUCUUA